UUGAUAACUUCAGAAAGAAAAAUAGUGUCAACAAUAUCAAAAGAAAUCGGUUGCCAUCGACGCAUCAGAUGAUAAUUUCUGUUUGAAUGUGUUAAGUAUUCAUUUUAGAAUACGUAAAGAACCCCUUCUAUCGCACUCAGUGCCACAACACUCAGGAUGAGCUUUCUUUUUGGAAACAGGAACAACAAGACAUUUAAGCCCAAAAAGAAUAUACCUGAAGGCACACAUCAGCAUGACUUGAUGAAACAUGCAGCUGUUACACUGGGUAGUGGAAACCUUCGCCAAGCUGUCAUGUUACCAGAGGGAGAAGAUCUCAAUGAAUGGGUGGCUGUCAAUACGGUGGAUUUUUUCAACCAAAUAAACAUGCUGUAUGGUACAAUAACAGAGUUUUGCACAGAGGAAACUUGUCCAGUCAUGUCAGCAGGACCAAAGUAUGAGUACCAUUGGGCUGAUGGUCAGGCUGUCAAAAAACCAAUCAAAUGCUCUGCACCAAAAUACAUUGAUUACCUUAUGUCUUGGGUGCAGGACCAGCUUGAUGAUGAAAGUCUAUUCCCCUCCAAAAUUGGUAUUCCAUUUCCAAAGAAUUUCCUUGCUUGUGCCAAAACAAUACUUAAAAGACUUUUCCGGGUUUAUGCACACAUCUACCACCAACACUUUAAGGAGGUAUGCCAGCUUGGAGAGGAGGCUCAUCUCAAUACUUCUUUCAAACAUUUUAUCUUCUUUGUAUAUGAAUUCAGUCUCAUUGAAAAACGAGAGCUUGCCCCACUGCAGGAGCUUAUCGACAAACUCACAAGCAAAGACAGAUAGAGGCUAUGACAGGGUACACACUAGUCCAAAUUUUUCCUAAUCUUGUCAUAUUCUCAGUUGGUGCUUCCAAUAUCAUAUCUCACUGUACAUGUAUGUGUUAAGGAGGCAAUCCAUAUAUGUGCAUUGUGUGGGCAACAGCAGCCAACGUCACUGAUAUCACAUGUUGAUAAACAAACUGAAAGUCUCCUUGUUUAUUGGUACAUGUUUUUGGUUCACAUUCUUGAAAUAAUGCAUCAUUUAUGAAAAGAUUAAAGUUAAGAAAUACAUGUUCAUGUAAAGGCUGUUUGUAGUGGUACCAGAGCUGGUAUCUUUUAGACACACAGUGUAUUGUUUAACUUCUCAACACUUAUAUGAAUGUUUGCCUUGUUAAGAUCUUCAAAUUUUGGUUGAGACAGUAUUUGUUUUUGUUAGGUGUGUGAUUGAAAAAUGUAUACCAGCAAGUUAAAGGUGUAUAUAUACCAACAGAUUGUUAGAUAUAUUACAUAACCUAGGGAAGACACAUUUGUACAAGUUUUGUGUUUUACGGUAAACCUUCGGUCAGUUGGAAUAGGCAAGAAGUUGUUUGGUUUGGUGAUUUUUUGAACCCUUUCUAGUUUGUUUCACUUAUGUUUCAAAUUGUUCAAACAUGUCGCCAGACCAUGUGUCUUAUGAUUUAGGCAUUGGCAUCACAGUAAUCGCUCCAUCUGAUCAAUAUUUAUAUCAAGGUUAAAACACUCUGGGUAGUAGGCUGUAACUUACCAUUGUAAGCAGUUGAUAGUGUCCAAUAAUACACAUUCAUGUCACUUAAUUAGCAAUGAUGUGUAGUGUGAUUUAUUUAACAUCUUGCUGAAACAUCAUGCACACGUCAUCAGACGCAACUCCAGGACCCUACUCUGCAUUACAGGCUAAGCAAUCGGUAAUUAAUUAGGGACCAUGGGAUGUCAGCAUGUGUUUUGUCAAAGAACCACAUUUUCAUAAGAUAAUCACAUCAAGACUAUCCCAAUAAUUGUAAGAUUCAUAAAGGUUUUAACAAGCGUAAAUCUGUAGUCAUAUUAAGUCUCAAUCCACACUUUGCAUACUGGGAUGUCCACACUAACUUCCGCCAAUGCACAUGCAAAAUUGUGUUUUUAUGGACUGGUUUCUUGGUCAUAGUUACAAUAAGUGUUUAUAAAGAUAAUAAUUUUAUAAUCAAACCCCCUAAAAAUCCCAUUCCUGACCAGUAGCUUCCUGCCCUGCUAGGACUCUUUCGGACACAUUAUGAUUUUGGACAAAAUGAACCCUGAUAGCUAAAAACUGAUAUAUUUUCAAGGGCAUAAUUCUGUAUAAUAUAGAUAUAAUAAUAUUUAAUUAAUUUUGUUUGAACUGACCGUAAGUUUUCCGUAAUUGAGUGGAUUUCUGCAGGUAUUUUGUAUGGUCUGCAUUAUUCUGCUCAGAUUACACAUGAAAACAAUUGUGCAAUACUUCUCUACAUUUUUGUCGAAAUCUGAAACGGCAUAUUUUUUUAAGCAAUUAAGUGCAAUAAGACAUGAUGAAGAUAUGUUCUUUGUAGUGAUGUUCAAUUCUUCAGUAUUUUGUACGAAUGUACAGCAUGACCUGGAGGAGAAGACCCCUAUGAAAUAUCUAGUGUUAUAUCAGUUUAGGCAGAUGGUUCAUGUAAUGAAUCACCUUUUUUUUCUUUUUUAACAAAAAUGGUUAAGAUGUCAAUAAUAGGUUGUACUGUGGUAAAAUUAAACGUCUGUCUCUAAUUAUUUAAAGCUGCUUAGGUCUUCUGAGAUAUAAAUGAUGUAUGAUGACUCCUCUCUUUCUCUAGCAGUUCACUGCAUAUAAAAACAAGGCAUCAGUACAGCAAAAAACUAGAAAUGCAUGUGUAUAUUCCUUACCAAACCUGAAAGGUUUGUGCCAUAUUAAUAAGGAAACUUUGAAAAAGGUUAAAUAUUGUAAAAUCACUUUUCAUAUCCAGGCAAGUACUUACACUAAUGAAAAAGACACAGUGCUGUGAAGUUCUUUGCUUGGAAAAUUUCUCGAAAUGUUCUGUAAUUUGGCAUCAGGACAUUCAGCAGCCAAGUAAUAUUUAUUGUGGUAUGAUUGAUGGUGUGAAUGAUGUGAAGAAGUUUAUGAUAAUAAGUUGCUGUUAUUAACUAUACCAGUUUCUCAAUUUCUGUCUCUGAUAAGUUGAACUGGAUUCAAGGUGUUUUUAAAUGUGUUACUGUUACAGUAAACAGCAUUGUUUUGCAAAUUUGUGUCAUAACACAUGCAUUGUUAUUACCAUGAUAAGUUUUAUAUAUAUUAUAUAAAUGUAUAUAUACAUAUUAUUGUAAAAAAAAAGAUUCCUACAAUUUCGCUUGUUAUAUAUAUAUAUGUAAAUAAUAGUAAUGUAACACUUCAAGAAUCGUUCCCUUUCUUGCCGUAAAUAGUGUUGAAAAUGACAGGCAAAUUUCACGUGAAAUCCACAACAUAAAAUACAGUACUGCAAAUUAAUAAACUAUAUAUUUCCAUGGACAAAAAAAGUGAUUUCCUUCAGUAUCCAGUAAGUCAUUUUUUAUUUGACCGUAGCUUGUUUUGAUAAGCAAAUGUACAACAUUCCACAUAUCUUCAUUACAAUUGGCUUUUGAUUCCACAUGGAAAUGUUGAUGAGAGAAAAGGUGGAUUGAUAAAAUUUGAAAAUAGAUCUGUUGACAGAUUGUUGAUACUGUAAUAUAUGUAGAUUGUAACAAUGGCUGUAGAAAAGGAAGGUACUGAAGUUGAUACUCUUGUUUACUAGAAUUUGGUGUGGCUUGGAUUUUGCAUCUUGAACUUUCCCUCUUAUAAUUUGAAUUUUGUUAAAUUUAUUGUCCUGACAUUUGAAAAAAAUAGUUGUCUGGAACUGUUUCUUUGAUAGCAGGUAAUCUUAAAAUUUUUGACUCAUUUAGUAUUUUAUGGACUUUUACUCAAUUUUCUCAUUGUUUAGCCUUUGAAAAGGAAUACAACUUCAACCUAAGCCAUCAAUAUUGACAUAAAUAAAUCCUUAUCUUCUUAGUUUACAUUCAAUGUCAAUAAACUUAGUCUAUCAUCACAUAUUAACAGAUCUGGAAAUGUCUAGUAAUUACAUCCUCUUCAGUUGUGUUAAAAGAACAUUUUUUCUAUUGACAUUACCAAUCUGAAGAAAAUGUUCCUAAAUAUCUUGUUCAGGAAGUAAAAUCGCCAAUGGCCAACAUUUGUCCACCUAGGCUAUUGAUGAAGUUGUGUAUCAUGAUAGACAUUGACCUAGGAGUAGAACUAAACAGAACGAUACAGACCAGUAUUGUGUACUGAUAACAGUACACAUCAGUUAAAUAUCUUUCUGAAUAAUAAUAAGUGCUUACCAUACAUUUACAUGUAUGUUGGUUCGGACCUCCUUCCUAUCACAGCUUGGUUCGUAGAAUGUACUUUUGAAAAACUGUAAAGUAGGUUUUAGGAAUAGGGGUCUCUGCUUUAUUAAUUAGUUGAAGACAGGUUUGAAAUUUUUGGAAAAAGAAGAACUGUAAUUCAGUAUUAACACAAAUCCUACUUUUCAAUCUAAAGAUUUAUUUGGGAGCUAGCUGCAAUAAGCAGGUACAUCAGAGCAGGGCCCAGCAGACAAUUAGGACUCAAGUCAUUUAUAUCAUAUAUUUUGAGUCUUAACCAAUCUUGUUGCUUUAGUUUCCUAUUUGCUUGCUAAUUUCAUUAUCAUCCAUAUGUAUUCGUUUUUUGUAUAUUUCAUUCUUAGAUGCCAAAUGUCUUUAAAAAACUGUGUUAUUUAGUUAGGAAUGUGAUGUUUUAGUACAUAUGUUUGUUGUUAUGAAGAGCAUGGAUCAUUUUAUUCUAUCAGUGGACAAGUGCUUUCUCUGUAGAAGUAUUUAACAAUAGAUUGUUUUAGUACACUUGUAGUUCUCAAAUGUGACCAGGUGGUCAAACCAUUAAUACUAAACUAUAUUGUAUCAUGACACAAUAUUUGGCAUGGCUUUUAAGAAAAUGGCUUGG